UCUGGAAUUAAGAAAAAACGUGGAAUUAGAAAGCGAUGUCAUUGGCGAACAGGGCAUCCCUAUUCGACUAAUGCAAAAUUGAAAAUGAAUGCAAAUGACCAGACGGACUGGAGGAAACAAAGAACAAUUUGGUACAUGCUAGCUAGCGACUUCAGAAGCGGCCACUGCUCCGAGGACGAAGAAGAAGCGGCUUCACGUACCACGCGUGAAGUUUUUGCAACGGCGUUCCACUUCCUCUUAGCACUCACUCACUCAACGCCGUUCCGAAGUAUGAGCGUUUAUAGGGAAUGGUGUAUGCUUUUCCACAUGAUGCUGCCUCUCUGGAAGGUUAUUUUAUGUCACGAAGGAUAUAUCGAAGAGCCAUUCUUCGACCUCUGUGGCAAAGCUGGACUGAGUCUGGAAGCCACGGGGCUCAAGUCUGCUAGGAAACUAACCGCUGUGCAACCAAGACAGAUAAUACGUGAGAAAUGCACCUUCGAAGUGAAAGCCAACAACUCAGAUGGAGUCGUACUGUUCAUACAAGAGAUGAAGCUUCGCACUUCCAAAGCUGUCGAUGACGUCUGCAUCGACUAUGUUGAGUUUACAGCCGAUACUGGGAAGAGUCACAUAACUGUAUGUGGUGAAACAAUGAAGUCUUACGACACCGGUGUACCACUCAACAUCAGCUUGUACCUCAAUCCGACCCAAUUCUACGAACCCGGCACCAUACUGAAGCUUGUCCUCACGGGGUUCAAUAAAACUACACAAGUGGAUUGCAACGAUGAAUCCUUCCGGUGUUCAAACUCUCGCUGCAUCUGGAAGGGUUUCAUGUGUGACGAAACUGACAACUGCGGGGACGACAGCGACGAGAAGUACUUUGUCAGCUCCAUGUGCUAUAUGCCUAUGGCUGCCCUUGUCCUUAUCAUCAGCGGCAUCCUCAUUAUUCUGAUUUCGCUGUUCAUGAUAUGUUACUGCAUGGCACGACUGCACACUCAGCUUCAAAGGGCAUUAGAAGAAGAGAGGGCAUACCGCGACCGUCGCAUGGAUUCCUUCUCGGAAGGCCCUUACAGCGAGUUCGUGGACACGUACGGCUCACUCAUUCCUAAAAUGCCAUUGAUGUCCACGUACCAGGCAAAUAUGGGGGGAGACAGCACUGGACCCUACGCAAGACGGGCUUCCGCACGGAAUUAUUCCUAUUGAACAUUUGUUUCUUCACGACUCAUUUUAAUAGCACUACUCGGAGCUGGGAAUACAAAGAUUUUCAAAAAUGUGUGGUGAAUGUUUUAGAGAGGCUUAGGACGUUGGUUUAGGUGUUACUUUGAAACAAAGCAGUUUUACCUC